AUGAACUGCAUUUUCUGGAAUGUGAGAGGUAUUGCCAACUCUCCUUCAAAAUUGGCUUUAAAAAGGUUAAUUCUUAGUAAUAAACCUAAUUUUGUUUUUGUUGCGGAGCCGUGGAUGGACAUUGAUUGUUUUCCUCAAAAUUGGCUUAGGAGAUUGAACCUUAAGGUUUUUUCGUGCAAUAAUAGAGGUAGCCUUGUUUCUAAUUUAUGGUGCUUGUGUGACUCUAAUUUGGAUCCGGUUAUUGUCGACGCUGAUGAUCAACAAGUCUCUUUCACCUUCAAGGUGGGGGAUAAUCUCUUUGGUCUUUCUGCGGUUUAUGCUUCUACCUGCUACCUAACUAGAAGAUUUCUGUGGUCUAAACUUCAAAGUAUCUCUAAUACUUAUCAUAUCCCUUGGUGCUUUAUAGGCGAUUUCAAUACAAUCCAUGGUGCUCAUGAGCAUUCGGGUUCUUGCAGCCCUAGCAGGAUUCCUAUGGAGGAUUUUGCUGCCUGGACCGAUGCUAAUCAUUUGUUACAUUUGCCUACUGUUGGUACUAAUUUCACCUGGGCUAAUGGGCGCAAAGGUACUAGGCAUACUCAAAGAAGGUUAGAUAGGGCUAUCUGCAACCAGAAGUGGAUUGAUGCUUGUGCUACUACUAGCUGCGCUACUUUGAUUAAGACUCGAUCGAAUCAUUUCCCCUUACUUUUGAGUUUUGGUUGUCAAGAAAAUUCUUUUAGAUCUCAGUUCAAGUUUCUCAAAAUGUGGACUCUUCACGAGGAUUGUGCAAAGCUGGUGGAGUCCGCAUGGAACACGAAUGUUGUAGGCUGUCCUAUGUUUGUGUUGACUAGAAAGCUUCAAAUCCUUAAAGGAAUCCUUAAGGUUUGGAACAAGGAUAAGUUUGGAAAUGUGCAGGACCAGGUUAGAGAAGCUGAGACUGCGCUGUCUGCUAUUCAGGACAGCAUUGCUAAAGACGGUUAUUCUGACGACAUUGCUGAUCAAGAGAGACGUGCUCAAGCAAAGUUAGAGUCAGCUCUUAACAUUGAGGAGGUGUUCUGGCAGGAAAAAGCUAGGGUUAGGUGGCAUACUGAUGGGGACAGAAACACGAAAUACUUCCACAGGCUUACUAAAAUCAGGAACGCCACCAGCCUUAUUCACGCCUUAAAUGUUGGAGACACCGUUGUUACAAACCAGGAUCUAAUAGCUGAGCAUAUUGUGGAACAUUUUUGUAAGCUUUUUAACAAUGUUGAUAUUUUGCAGGAUAAUAACUUGGUGGAAGAGGUGAUUCCUUCUUUGGUUUCUGAGCAGGCCAAUAAUUUAUUAACUAUGAUUCCUUCAGAAGAUGAAAUUCGAAAUGCUGUGUUCAAUUUGAAGAAAGAGAGCGCGGCUGGUCCCGACGGUUUUGGCCCAAUUUUCUAUCAAACUUUCUGGAAGAUUAUUAAAGACGAUGUCGUAAAGGCCACUUUGCAGUUUUUCAAGGAUAGUUGGAUUCUGCCCAAUUAUAAUUCCAACACGGUGAUUCUUAUUCCAAAGACUAAAGAAGCUGACUGUGUUACGAAGUUUCGCCCUAUAGCUAUGGCCAAUUUCAAGCUCAAGAUUAUUUCUAAGUUGUUGGCUGACAGGCUUGCUACGGUGCUGCCCCAUAUUAUAUCUAAGGAGCAAAAAGGUUUUGUUCAUGGUCGAAGUAUUAAAGAUUGCAUUUGCCUAACAUCCGAGGUGGUCAAUAUUCUUCAUAAGAGGUCUCUCGGGGGUAAUGUAGCCAUGAAGGUGGACAUUGCCAAGGCUUUUGACACCUUGAAUUGGAGCUUCCUUUUGAAAGUGCUGAAGAAAUUCGGGUUCAACGACAUUUUCUGUAAUUGGAUUAAAUGUAUCUUGUCGUCUGCUAAUGUCUCCAUCUCAAUCAAUGGUGGUCUUCAUGGUUUUUUCACCUGUCAAAGGGGGGUAAGGCAGGGAGACCCAUUGUCCCCGCUUUUGUUUUGUAUUGCUGAAGAUGUGUUGAGUAGAGGGCUUUCUCUUCUGGCUAGCAACAACAAGCUCAGAUUGAUUAAGGCCUCUAGAAAUACGACGGUCCCCUCUCACACGCUAUAUGCCGAUGAUAUUAUGCUGUUCUCAAAGGGUAACAUCUCCUCUUUGGAUGCUAUUGCGGAUCUCUUUAGGAAAUAUGCGGCUUGUUCAGGUCAGAUUUGCAAUCCUUCCAAAUCGAUUUUGUAUGCCGGUUCGAUGUCAGGUGAUAGGCAUAAAAUGCUUGCUGAUAGAAUUGGUUUCAAGGUGGGGCAGGUUCCUUUCGAUUAUCUUGGUGUUCCCAUUUUCAAAGGAAGACCAAAGAAGUCUUACUUUCAGCCUAUUGCAGAUAGAGUUAGAAAUAAGUUGGCAGCUUGGAAAACUUCUCUCCUGACUAUUGCGGGCAGAUUGCAACUUGUCAAAUCCGUGAUUCAUAGUAUGAUGUUGCACACACUCAUGAUCUACUCUUGGCCUGUUAGUUUAAUUAAAGAGGUGGAAAGAUGGUGUAGGAAUUUUAUUUGGAGUGCGGACAUUAAUAAGAGGAAGAUGGUAACAGUGGCUUGGAAGCACUGCUGUAAGGAUUUCGUUAACGGAGGCUUAGGCAUAAGAUCUCUUAGAACUCUCAAUGAUGCUACCAAUUUGUAUCAAUGUUGGGAAAUCUCUAACUCUAUGGAAGAAUGGGCUAAGGUUUUAAGGGCUAGGAUUUUCAGGAAUGGCUGUGAGAUCAAGUAUCAUGUGUUCUCUUCUAUUUGGACCGGCUGUAAAGAGCAUAAUAGCCUCGUCUCUCAAAACUCCAUAUGGCUGGUUGGCAAUGGUGAGCAUAUAAAUCUAUGGCGGGACAAUUGGUGUGGUCAGCCUUUGGUGGAUAUUAUGAAUGUUCCGUUGAACCUUCGUGGUAACUUAAAAGCCAAGCUGCAGGAUAUCAUCCAGAAUAACGCUCUUACUUUCCCUCCGGAUCUGUUGCGCUACUGUCCGGCUAUUCUUCAGCUUACUGGCUCUGUAUCCGUGAACUAUUGGCAGGAGGAUAGGCGGAUGUGGAGGCUAACUGAUAAUGGGCUACUCUCUGUUAAAACUGCUUUUUCUUUUCUUUCCAUCCAUUCUCAGCCCACUGUUUGGGGUCGGUUCAUUUGGAAUCGUGCGAUCCCUCCGUCCAAAUCUCUUCUUUUAUGGCGUAUGAUUCACCGUCGGCUGCCAACGGACGAUCUUCUGUGUAUUAGAGGUCAGAAUCUUCCCUCUUGUUGCACAAUGUGCAAUAAUAGUGGCGAAACUUUGGAGCAUCUAUUUUUCUCUUGCAGUUUUGCCAAAAACAUUUGGCACUGGUUGGCUCAGUUGCUGGACAGUGGUCCUCCGAUUAGUUGUUUGGAUGAUUGUUGGAAAAUCUUUUCUGGUUGCCAUUCUUUUCAAUGCCAGGUUGUUGUCAUCGCUUCUGUGAUCAAUGUUUUUCAUUGUAUUUGGAGUGCGCGUAACAAGGCGAGGUUUCAGAAUGCUGCCACUCAUUGGAAGUCUUCCUGUGCCUUAGUCCUAGCGCAUACUUCUUUAUCGGGGAACCUCACUUCUAAGCUAGCCAGCUCUUCUAUUAAGGAUUUCAUGAUUCUCAAGAGAUUCUCUGUUACUGUCCACCCUCCGAAGCCUCAGGUUAUCAAAGAAGUGUUGUGGUGCCCUCCUUCUUGGGAUUGGAUCAAGGUUAAUACUGACGGUGCUUCGGGGGUACCCCUUUGGCAGCGGCUUGUGGUGGCAUCUUUAGGAAUCAUAAUGGAGACCAUUUAG